AUGAGCACUGAAUUAGAUAAAAAAAUACGUAAAAAACAAACACAAUUAUAUGAUAAUAAAGAAAGUGUUUCAAAUAGAAUAAAGGCAUGUAUUACAUUAAGUGAAAAGAUGAAUCCAGAUGAGUUUUAUUUAUUUAUUAAACGUGAUAAACAAGGAUUUGCUGGAUUUAUAAUAGAAAUAACACAAUAUGUUCAAAAUCAUACAAAGAAAGGGAAAAUAUCAGUAUCAGUGAAAGAUGCAAUUAACCAUAUAAAAAUACUAAAUAUAAUGACAAGUAUUUAUCAAUUAAAUGAACUAACUGUUUUUGAUUUAUAUCAAAAAUUUUUAUUUAAUUAUCUUAAAAUUGAAACACAUCCAGAAGUUAGAGAAGCAGCAUUUAAUUUUGUUAUUGAUUGUGUUUUUAAAUAUGGAGAACAAGAACAAUUAACUGAUAUGUUUAUGAAAACAAUUAAUAUAGGACAAUUGUUUAAUAAGUCUACUGAUUUUCCAGUAAUUAAAUUAGAUUAUGCUGAAUCUUCAUAUUGUCCAGCAGAAACAGAUAUAGAUCAAUAUUCAAUGACAAUCAAGUUAAUUACAUCAUUUCUUAAACUUGUUAAAGUACCUUCAAAUUUUGACAAACUAUUCUUUUUAGUAGAAGUAAUGUUAUCAUAUCUUUAUCCUAAUUUUGCAGAAGAAGCUCAAUAUAAAUAUAAAUUAAAUCAUCCUAAUAUCGGUAAAAAAGAUGAAUUACCUCCUGCUUCACUUGAUAAAUUUGUUCUUGAUUCUUUUAAAGAUUUAAUGUCUUCUCCUAUUGCUGAAAGACUAAAAACACGUCCAGCAUUUGUUUUAUUCAUUAAACAUUUUUAUAUUUAUGUUUUACAAAUUACUCCAGAAGAUCUUACUCAUGCUGUUAUCAUUGCUACUAUUCAAUAUUUCACUGACUUCUUUAUUUUAAAUCCAUCUACUUCUCAACCAAAAGAUGUCCUUUCAGAACUUCAAAGAUAUUUGAUUGAAAGUAUUACAACAUUAUUUGAUAAACCUUUUGUUAUUGGAAAUCAAUCAGUAUCAAAGAUCCUCAUUGAAGAAAUUAAAAAUCAAAUCAUUAAAUUAGCAUCAACUACUCUUAAUGAUGAAAUAAAACAAAUUAUCAUUGAAACAGUAUUAAAUUGUAUUGAUAUUUUAGUAAAAACUAAUUUUGGUAAUAGUAUUGGUUCAUUUGUUGAUUUAAUAUUUAUUCUUUACAUAAAAUGGGAAAGAACUAAUGAUGAUUGGGUUCAACUUAGAACUCGUUUAUCUAAUCAUUAUAAUGUUAGUUUUGUUAUGGAUCAAAUUGCUUUGAAACUUCGUCAUUGUACAAGAUUAGUAUUAAAAGAUUUUUAUUCUCCUCUUUUAUUGGAAAAUACGGAUGAGGUAAUAGUUGGUACUAAGAAAGUUGCACGUUCUACUCAUCUUGAUUUUCCUGAUGAGAUUUUUGUUGCCCCUUCAUUAGAUGAUAAGUUUAGUUAUCAUUUUCCAAAUCUUGGAGGAGAAAGUGCAUUAAAAUUAUGGUAUUAUUUUUAUUCUUUAUUAUCAGAUAUUAAUGAACAUCCUAAAGAUGAUAUUUAUGAAAAUGGAAUUAAAUUAUUAUAUGAGAUUUUCUGUUUAUUCAUAAGAGCAGAAACUAAAGUAUAUCAAUUUUAUGAAACUAUUAACUUAAAACGAAUUUGUCUUGUUGAUGAUUUCGGAAAAAUAUUUUUUGAUGCUUUUAAAAGAAGAAAUCACACAUCACUUUCUCUUCAAUUAUGUUAUCGUGCUAUUUGUAGAUUAGUUAAUAGACAUUAUGUAAGAUUUACAAAUGAAUUGUAUAGUUUAUUCUAUGAAACUAUAUCUAUUGGUUUACCAAUGAUGCCUUCUAUAAUAUUAGAAGAAUUGUAUGAUAUUAUUUAUAAUCAAAUACCAGGAUGGCCUGCAUUAUUAAUUCCAUUUAUUCAACAAUUAUCAUCAUUAAAAAAAGAACAACUUCAAGAAACAAAUAAUGUUAAUCGAGAUGCUCAAAUUAUAGCAUUAUUAAAUUCAUUAGUAACAGUAGAAGAAAAUUAUCCAACAUUACUUCAAGAUAUUUCAAAAUAUAAUAAAGAAGAAUCUCUUACAGGAAGUUAUUCAGAUGCUAUUACAAAUUGUUUUGAAAAUCUCUUAAAAGUUUUUACAUCAACUAAAUCACAAGUAAGUUUGGUAUAUGGAAUGGCUACUCAUAUUAUAUUUUCAAGAAGAAAUAGUAUGGAAAUUUCGAUUAGUCCAAUCCUUACAUCUAUUAUUGAAAGAAUUUCAAAUGAAAAUGAAGAACUUUUUAGACCUUCAGCAGAAGUUAUUGGUGAAUUGGCAUCAUUUACAGAAUAUUUCACUAUUUCUGACGUUCAAGAUCUUUUAUCACAAUUAAUUGAAGUUAUAUUAAAUCCACAAUCAAAAACUGAAGCAAUUGCUUGUAUAUUUACAUCAUUAAUAGAUUGGGCAUUCUCCCCUUCAUGCAUAUUCCCUAAAGCAUUAACACCCGAACUUACAGUUAAUUUGUUAAAUUCAAUUUCAUAUUCAAUGUCUUUACCAUAUUCUGUUAAAAGUAAUGACCCUAAUAUUAAAUAUAGAGCUUGUGCACCAGAAUGUGCUGAAGUAUUUUUACAAACAUUAUUAAAUGCAUUUGGAUUUGUUCCAAGUGAAAAAGGAAGUGAUAAAUUCUUCUCUACUCAUAUAGAAGAAGGAGAAGUAACGUGGUGGGCAUAUGGAAAUAAUAUUUUGUCAAUAGAAAAAGGUAAUGAAGGAGAAUUUUGUAAUUUAAUUAUACGAAAUGCUGUUGGUAAAACAGUUUGGGGAGUAAAAUCAAUUUCUCUUCUUGAAGAAUUAGGUAUUAAAAAUACAAAACAAAAAACACGAUUAACAGUAAAAGAUAUUGUUCAAACUGCUCCAAAACAAAUAGUUAAUGAAAGAACAAUUCGUGAAGGAGAAAAUAAACUUAAAAAUAUGAUAAAUGAAAUUCUUAAAGAAGAAAAUGAUUUAUUAGAAUGGGGAAUGCCUGAUGGUGUUGUAGAACGAGCAGAUUAUGACAAAGAUUUAAGUUUUGUUAAAGAUUCUGUAGAUAACGUUGAGAAACAAAUAAAAGAACUUGGAAUGAAUAUGGUUCCACCAAAUAAGAAUGUUAUUAAUCUUAAUAAUCAACCAAUUGAUAAUACUAAAUUGUUGAUCCACUCUUUAUUAUGUCAAACACAAUUUAUUGAUCCAAUGCCAAAAAAUAAUAUUUCAUUAAUUCCUAUUAAUCCAACAGAAAAAUUUAAAAUUUUAUUAGGAAAUUUAGAUAAGUCAUGUGUUAGACCAUUCCAUAAAAUUGGACUUAUUUAUGUUAAAAAUGGUCAACAUGAUCAAUAUGAUAUUCUUAUGAAUCAAGAAGGAUCCCCAGCAUAUAAAGAAUUUGUAGAAGGAUUAGGAUGGACGUUAGAUAUUAAAACUCAUUCAGGAUUUUUAGGAGGAUUAGAUAAAACAUAUUUGUCAACUGGAGAAUAUAUUAGGUAUUAUGCUGAUGCUACAAAAGAAGUUAUUUUUCAUGAUAUUACUUUAAUACCAACACAAGCAGAUGACCAACAACAAUUAACUAAAAAACGACAUGUUGGAAAUGAUUAUGUUCAUAUUGUUUGGAAUGAAUCUGGUGACUAUAACCCACAUACAAUUACAUCACAAUUUAAUGCUGCUCAUAUUAUUGUUACUCCAAUUGGAAAUGGUUUACAUAAAAUUAGAAUUUGGAGAAAACAAAAUGUAAGACAAUUUGGUCCAUUAAUGGAUGGAAUAAUUGUUGGUAAAGAAGUUCUUCCAGCUUUAGUUAGAGAAACAGCUAUUAAUGCUAAUUAUUGUUGUAGUUUGAACAUAUCACCAGAUGAUUAUUUAAAACCAUAUUUAAGAAGAACAACACUCAUUAAAGAAAUUAUUGAUAAAAAUGAUUCAUUCCCAACUCCUACGUUCUUCUCUACACUUUCUAUUGUUACAAAUCCACAAACAAUAAAUGAUUUGGCAAUUAAAAAAUAA